AUGUUGGGCCAAAGUAUCUGGAGGUCCACCACCUCCGUGGUCCAUCGCAGCCACUAUGAGGAGGGUCCUGGAAAGAAUUUGCCAUUUUCAGUGGAAAACAAGUGGUGGUUACUGGCUAUGAUGAUCGUGUACUUUAGAUCUGGAUUUGCUGCUCCUUUCUUUAUAGUAAGGCACCAACUACUUAAAAAGUAAGGAUAUUUAAUUCAUCCCAUUAGCAGAAUGAAGAAAGUUUAAGAGAUAUGAUCUGCCAAUUGGAUUAAACUCUUGAACUCUUAUACUG